AUGGGAAAAGGAAAGCCUAGAGGACUUAACUCCGCCAGAAAGCUGAGAGUGCACAGAAGAAACAACAAGUGGGCUGACAAGCAGUACAAGUCCAGAUUGUUAGGAACCGCCUACAAGUCUUCUCCAUUUGGUGGAUCUUCCCACGCCAAGGGUAUUGUUCUUGAGAAAUUGGGUAUUGAGUCCAAGCAACCAAACUCCGCUAUCAGAAAGUGUGUCAGAGUGCAACUGAUCAAGAACGGUAAGAAGGUGACUGCUUUCGUUCCAAACGACGGUUGUUUGAACUUCGUCGACGAGAACGACGAGGUUCUCCUUGCUGGUUUCGGUAGAAGAGGUAAGGCUAAGGGAGAUAUUCCAGGUGUCAGAUUCAAGGUCGUCAAGGUCGCUGGUGUUUCCCUGUUGGCUCUCUGGAAGGAGAAGAAGGAAAAGCCAAGAUCUUAG